AUUUAAAAAGACUGAUAGGCCGCCUUGAAGCCUUUUUGAGGCUCUGCUAGUGUGUCUUAUUACCACAAUGAUAUCAUCGUUCCUUUCAUCUCCGCGCUAAUCGACAUAUAAACACCCGGUCAAGAUACAUCUCAUUUGUACCAAUUCUCCAACUAUUUCCCAAACACAACCACUGAGCCCAAACCUCACACAACCAAAACCAUGCCCCUCACCAUCUUCUUCCCCUCCCUCCUCGCCCUAAUCCUAGCAAUCUACAUCUACAUCUCCUUCACCCCAACCCUCCCCACCAUCCGAUCCCUCACCUUCACCCUAAACGAAAACCUCCUCCGCCGCGCCCCAAACUGCCACCCGACCAACGGCACAAUCAACGAACUCUGGAACGAGACCCACCGCGUCCCCGACGUCUGGAAAUACGCCUACCACACGUAUCGCAUUCCUGGCCGAUACUGCGGGAUUCCUUUUACUCAGUCGGAGAUGAUUGGCAAGGCUGUGGAGGAUUAUAUUCUCAAAGAGGCGGAGAAGUAUGAGGGGUGUGAUACGCAAUGUUUGCGUUUUGAUAAGGGGGGGAAUUGGGAUGGGUGGAUUGCGUUGGGGAAGGAGGGGAGGUUUGAUGGGAGGGUGGGUUGUGGGCCUGGGGUGGACAAGGAGGGGAGAUGUGGGAGGGAGGGGGGUGUUUGA